UUCGGCAUAAAGUUUAUUUCAAAUUUUUAUUUUUUGAUCCGAACAGGGUUUGUCCAAGCAAGUGGUUAGCAAUGGAAGAAGAUGUGACAAGUGAACAGCAGCAAAAUGGUGAUGGAGAUGGAGAAGCACGUAGGCGGUUUAGAUUUGUAAAUUUAGUUGAUGUUCGUCAGGUACCCAUUGUGCCAGUGUCAUCAAGAUUUCGUCGAUUGAGAUUGGCACAACGUAGAGAUGUAAAUCAACGAGCUCCACAACCACCGGCUCAAGCAUUGCCAUCAUCGUCCAGCAGUGAUGAAGAACAAAUUAAUUUCGAAAAUGAUGUGCCAACAAUAGAGAUAUCAGAUGACGAACAAUUGCAAGAACCAGUUCCAAGUCCGAUCAGUUUAUCGGAUAGCGAUGACAGUGAUAGUGAAUCGAUAAAUGAUGAACCAGUUCCAAGUCCAAUCAGUUUGUCGGAUAGCGAUGACAGUGAAAGCGAACCGAAAGCCAAACGGACUCGGCUUACAACAACCGAAGUGGUGGUGGUACCAGCAAGACGUUCAACACGAUCACAAACAAUUGCACAUCCAAUUGCAUCAACAUCAUCUCGUGCACGUUCACCACCGAUAGCUCAGCAACAACAACGACAGCCACAAACAGCACUUGUCCAUACGAAAAUAAACCGUCGCAAGGGAGAGGUAAUUCCUGCAAAUAAGGAACAAUUUACCGUGAAGAUGACGUUAAACCAGUUUCUGAGGGAGAACGAACAUGACAAAGGCCGUGUGGGUAAGAAAGAAAAACGUGAAGCAUUGAAAAAUGAAUUGAUUGCUCAAAGCCGUGUCAGAGAUCAGUAUAAUGUCGAACCAAUCUCUCGAAAAGUUCAAUUAAUCAAACAUUUUGAAGAGGUGGUGUGUAAAUUAUCUGACGUAACACGGUUAGCUUCAUACUAUUGCCACAGCCAGUUAAAUAAAUUAGUCGAUUCGCAAGACAAUGAGGCAAUACUUCAAGAGUUUUUGUACCCAUUCGAUGCACGAAAAUAUUUUUAUCCGCUUAGAACAAGUCGCCAAACAGUCGACAAUGAGCGUUAUCCAUUGGAUGACGAUUUUGCGUUAAAACUGACAGCUGAAGGCAUCGAAGUUCGGCCAAAAAUUGAGAACGUCAGUCAAUUAAUGAAAUUUUUGUAUCAGUUGUAUGAGCAAAAUAUGUUUAAAAAUGUUGAUAUGCAUGCACAUGACCACAUAAAGAAAGAUUUCUUCAAGCAUAUAACCGACGAUCAAAACGCAAUCAACGUCACCAUGAGUUACUUGCAGUCUGAGAAUUCAAGAUGCAGACCAAACUUUCGACUGUUGGACAUAUAUUUGAGAGAGUUGAAGCCAUUGAUUCCACAAGAACGAAUCCAGGAAUACAACGAGCGUCGUGGCCGUGUCCGUGGUCGUGCCCGUGGUCGUGGUCGUAAUCUCAAUAAUGAACAUGCCAUUCCUCGUGGUUGGCUAAAAACGACCGGCUACGAGAAGAAAUAUUACAAACAUGUGUACGAAUUAUUGAAUCUUCAACGAUGGAUUCAUAAACACAAUGUUGCUCAUCCGGAAUCGCAAUGGGGUUCAUUUCGAGCUGUGCCCCAAUCACACGAUAAACGCCAUCAUCUGAAAUUCGAUACACGAGCAUUCAUUCAAUUGACUAAUCUACUGUACCCCAAAAGUUCAGGUGAGAGAAUCAACAACGAUGUCACAGGAGACUGGGAGGAUCAAGAUUACUACAAUUUUUGGAAUCGGUAUGCCAAUCUGCCGAAAGUCAAUCGCCGUAGUCAGAAAUUCGACUAUUGCAUUACAACAGAUGGCGUCGUAGUAUGCUUGAAGAUGAUCCGAUACAAACGCCAAGUCGAUGAGUCGAAUGUGCCAAAUGAAGUCGGCUCGAAUAGAAAUGAAAGAGACUUAAGUGAUGUGAUUCCGGACGAUGUGCAAGCAGCUUUCGAUGCCAACAAAAUCGAAAAGAUAAUUGGCAACGAUCCCGGCGAAAAAGUGAUGAUUGCGGCCACUCGUCUUAAUAUUGCGGCUGAAGAAGAAGUGAGCUAUCGUCUGACAUCAAAACAAUGGCAUUGGCAAGUGGGUACCGUAAAACGCAAGAAAAUGAUGAAGAAAUUCACCGGCAAGUUUGAAGCCGAGUGCAGACGUCUACGUGAAAAUCGUGAAGAAUAUCCGGAGACGCCAUCGAUGAAAAGCCGAGAUCACGAGACGUAUCUCGCAUACAAGUUGAGAGUCUUCGAAGAAUCUGGUCAAGUCAAGUACAAACGGCGUGUUGUGCGAUUGAGGUUUGACAAGUAUGUGCAAACACAAGUGACGGCUCAUGAAAUUUGUCGUGAAAUGACUGGUCUGCAACAGGAAAUUCCGAAUAGAGAAGAUCGCAAAAUCAUUUAUGCACUUGGAAAUGCCAAACUGGCCGCAAACUCACCGAUAAAAGGUCAUUUGCGUUCACCUAAACCAGCAGUCACCAAAACAAUGAACCGCUAUGUUUUGACGAUGGGUGUCAAAGAGCCAGGCACUUCAAUUUUCUGCAGUAAGUGCCGUGAUAUGACGGAAAGAGCGAAGGAAGUUGCCCGGCGAAAGGGACACAUUGAGAACUAUAAUAAAAAGGAUCGUUUCGUAGUUUGCCACAACUGUCCAACGGCCCCAAAUGUUGUUCUCAAAACUCCUAAGAAAUGGACGAUGAAAGUGCAUCACAGUCGACGAAAGAAAAUGGGUGCUGAACCAAGACCAAAGACAAUCGACUAUGAGCCCGAAUUCCAAAAAUCGACUGAGAGAUUUAUUUAA